CUAACCCCAAACGCGCAUGCGUACCAUACCCGGCUAGAGAAACGAGCUGGUUUGCGUUUGCUAUUAUUGCAAGAUGGCGGACCUCUUGGGUUCAAUCUUAAACUCGAUGGAGAAACCUCCAACUGUCGGCGACCAGGAAAGCCGACGAAAGGCUCGAGAGCAAGCAGCAAGACUAAAGAAGAUGGAAGAAUUGGAGAAAAGAAAGAAAGCAGAGUUUAGAAAGAAGAUGGAGAAAGAGGUAUCAGAUUUCAUCCAGGACAGCUCACAGCAAAAGAGGAAAUACAACCCUAUGGGAAAGAUCGAAAGAAGUAUCCUGCAUGAUGUUGCGGAAGUAGCCGGUCUGACCUCGUUUUCCUUCGGGGAGGAUGAGGAGAGCCGCUACGUCAUGCUGUUUAAAAAGGAGUUUGCUCCGUCAGACGAAGAGUUGGAGGCGUAUCGCAAAGGAGAAGAAUGGGAUCCCAAACUGGCAGAACAGCGACGAAGAUUAAAAGAACAGGCGGCAUUAGAAGAGGCGGCGGACGCUCAGACGGAAAAGACUCUAACAUGUCCCAACUCCAACUACAGAGACAAGUACAGUCACCUGAUUGGCACGUCGGCCGCUAAAGACGCAGCUCACACGCUGGAGGCCAACAGGACUUAUGGCUGUGUGCCCGUGGCCAACAAAAGGGACACGCGCUCCAUAGAGGAAGCCAUGAAUCAAAUCCGAGCGAAGAAGCGGCAGAAGCGCGAAGACGAGACAGGGGCAACGAGCAGCAGUUCCUGAGUUUCCACUGUUCCUGUUUUGUGUGUUUGCGUGUGUGUUACCUUGUGUGCAUGGUCUGAUCCAUCUGUUGAUGCAGUUUCCUGUGUUUCAGAUAUUUUAAAGUAUAAAUUGUGGACUGGCGGGCGUCUGAUCUGUAUGAACAGGACUGUGAGCUGAAGCUGGCUCUGUUAAGGACGUCCGGUUUCUGAUUAUUAUUGAGUACCUAACAUCAGGUUGUCAUAUUCUGCCACCUGUCAGAUUUCAGCUGCCAUAACAGUAUAGCUAAAUUAUUUACAGUUUUAGCAUUCAAAAUUAACCUUUGUAGUUUUUAAAAGAGCUGUUUUUUGGUUAGGUGUCAUCCUGAUGCAUAUUUACAAUUGCUAAAAGGUUUUAAUAUUAAGAUUUCUGCAGAUUUGGCUGCAUUUUAAAAUGUAUCAGCUAUAAAUCGUUGAAAAUGUUUGAAUAUCUGCCGUACAGUGAUACUUCGGAAACAAAUCGCUUUCUCUUUAUUCCUUUUUUGUUUAUUUUUUUUGUCAUUUAGUUUUUGAGUGUGAGCCUUUUUCGAAGGUUAAACCUUGCAGAUUUGUCCGUAACAGGAGGAAACUGGUUUCGGAAAACUCAUUUUAGAUUCCUUUUUAAAUGUGAGUUUUGCUUUCUUUCUACACACCUGCACUGAUUUAAGAGUAAAUGUUUUUUUUUUUUUUUUCUCGUUUUUGUUUUUCCAUUUUAAGUCAUUGAAAAGGUGGCAUAUCACCGUUCACCUAUUCAACGUCAUAGUCAGACUUUGAACCAAGGAGGAAUAACUUGGUCUCAUGAUGUCUUUUUAAAAAGGAUACAUUUGUUUUAUUUUCUGUGUGGUAAUAAAUGCUGCUUAGUAUCAA